CCUUAGCAUGUGGACGUCAACGGCCUAUUAUACGGAUAGCGGGUGGCGUGAAUGCCCAGCGUGGCGAGUGGCCGUGGCAAGUCAGUCUCCAAUAUCGUGACCACCAUUUCUGCGGAGGAAGCCUCAUUAGUGAUCAAUGGGUUAUCACUGCUGCCCACUGCUUUUAUGAGGUUGGGAAAGAAAUCAACCUUGCUGAAUGGAAAGUGGCGUUGGGAAUUCUGAAGCUGACCGGGAAAAGGGCAACUGGAAUAAAACAGAACAUCUCCUUGGUCAUCCCCCACAAAAACUACACCAACUACAGGGCUGGCCAUGACAUCGCCCUAGUGCGCCUGGCCAAGCCUGUGAGCUACACCAGGGACAUCGCACCCAUCUGCCUGCCCUUCGCUGACCACCGCUUCGCCUUCGGGACCCAGUGCUGGCUGAGCGGCUGGGGAGACAUUGCCGCCAAUGUCCAUCUGCCAGACCCCAUGGCCCUCCAAGAGAUAACCCUGGACCUCUUGACCGUCGACACCUGUAACUGCAUUUACAGCAAUCUGCGGAAUAGGCGCAUUGUCAACCCUGCCUUGCCUGGCAUGGUCUGUGCCAUGACUCCUGACCGCAAGAGAGGGCCUUGUAAGGGGGACUCGGGUGGCCCGCUGGUUUGCCUGGAGAAUGGUCGAUGGUUCCAGGCUGGGAUCAUGAGUUUCUCCAUGGGUUGUACGCAAUUCUAUGGACCCACCCUCUUGACUGAUGUAAGAGCCUACGCCAACUGGAUCCAGCAUCAUGUUGAAGGGGCCUCCUUUGCCAAUCAGAUUGAGCCCAUACCCAACACCACUGACAGUUACAUGUGCACAGGCUGCGGGGUCCUGAAACAAGAGAACGGACUCUGGCCUUGGUACGUGAGCCUACGGCAUCGAGGACAGCAUGUCUGCGGAGGCACUUUGAUUGCGGAAGACCGGAUUCUGUCUGCUGCUCAGUGCUUCAUUGGGCGUCAGGAAACUGAGGGCUGGGAGGUAUUUCUGGGAGAGCAGCUGUUAGGAGGGAAUCAAACAUGGCAAGAGAACAGAACUCUUGAAAGCAUUGACCUACACAAUGCCUACGUUGACAAGCUGGAAGGUUACGACAUUGCAAUAGCCAAGCUGGCGCGUCCUGUGGUGUUCAGCGACAGCAUCCGGGCCAUUUGUGCCCCAUAUGCUGCCCAUCAGUUCCCUUUCGGCUCUACCUGCUGGACCCGUGGACGGAGAAUUGAUGACCAGGGGAAGCCAAGUCCUCUGCAAAGUGUGGAAGUAAAAAUCCUUGGCCCAAAGAACUGUAACUGCCUCUACAACAGGUCCAGUGAUCCUGGGAGUGAAAUUUCCAUCAAGUCUGAGAUGAUGUGUGCAACACCAUAUAAAAGUACCAUGCGUUGUGAGGUAAGCAUCGGAGACCCCUUGGUUUGCAACCACAAAGGGACAUGGUUCUUGGCAGGCAUUUCCAGUUUCGGAAAUGGAUGUGGAACUGUAAUUCGUCCAGGGGUUUUCACAUCAGUCAAGAACUAUGAUGAGUGGCUCAUGCAGGCUGCCUGGUCUGCUUACUUCAAUGUGCAAAAGCCUCCCCUCCCAAAGGUCACAGAUGAAGAAACUUGCAUGUCUUGGUAACUUCUUGUAACGUCCAGCAAACCCAUGAAUCUGCAGUUCCCUUGCAGUGAAGGAUGUAAUAGCAAAUGUUUGCUCCAUCUCACAAUCUGUACAUACCUCACUCUUGAAGCAUUUUGCAUGUAAUCCAACAAACCAUAGAAGGGUUCAUAUCCACAACAGCAAAUUCUCUAGUCAGCGUUGCAUUCUCUUAGACAGAGCUCCCUUGUCAUGCAGUUACAUUUCUCAUCUCUUUUUUUUUUCUUAGUCUGUGGUUCUCCAUUCCUGAUCCUGAAAUAUCAGGAUGGCAAAUAUGUAUUUCCUUUUUUUUCCUCCUCAAAAUACUCCUGGGACUAAACUGACCACAACUGACUUGCCCAGUUUUCAUCACUCCUGAAAAUCCACUUUCAAAGGCCAUGGAGCUUGUGGGGCAAAUGUGCCCUGCUCUUUAAUGGCUUGGAAUCUUCUUCUACCAUUUUUUAAAAAAUAGGCCAUACCUAUCUAGUGACCUGUGUACUAAAUCUGAACUUUUUAGCAUAAGUAGACAGACUCUUGACAAUUUGUUACAGACAGCCCCAAUGUUCGGUGUCACGUUCUAUGCAAUUUACAUUCACUUUUUCCCCGUGACGAGCUAUGUUUGAUAUUCUGGUAGAUUCUCCAGCUAGCAUGCUGGCUGGGGAAUUCUGGGAGUUGAAGUCCACGCAUCUUAAAGUUGAUGAGGUUGAGAAACACUGCUUUAGUAUCUCAGUAAAACCAUUAGGACAGGUGGAUUGAGAGACUGACCUAUUUCACACAAUGCAUUGAACCAUGAUAUGGCUUGUUUCCUUCAGCUUUGGGUAUUUUGUAAAAACCACUGUGGUUUAUGGCUUAACCUUUGGUACAAUCUCUAAUGGUGGUUUGUUGUAUAUGCCGUGGUUAUAUAUAAUCCUUAGAUUUGUACCAUAUGUGAGCUCAGCUUACAGCAUCCUUGGCAUUUGGAGCGGAGUCAGGAAUCCAAAUUUCUUGCACUGUUUUCCUUUCUUUGAGUCUCAGCACUUCACUACAAAUUAGUCUUAGUUCUGAAAGCAAGAGGUGGGUGAACUCUUGGCUUUCGCUUGUGAUUUAAAUACAUCCAAGCUAAUUUUGAUCAUUUUUUCCCCAGACGAUAAAACUGACAUGUUUUUGUAGGUGUAUUUAUUGUCAAUGUUCCAUUUAAUGAAGUAAAUUAUUUAAACAUCUCUAACUCUCUCCAGCCAGCAUCUGAUUAUUUGUACACGCUAACAUUGCUGAUUAUAUAGGCUUUAAUUGUUGGGAACCAACACUGUUUUUUAGAUGCAAAAAACAAUUUUUUAUUUUAGAAAGCAUUUGAUGAUUAACCUUUGUUAUUUUAAAACGUCUCUCCCCCAUCCUGGUUUAUAAUAUGCUGUGCUCUUCUCUGUGUGUAUAUAUAUAUUUAUAUUUGAUAAUGUGUAUUUAUUUUGUUUUUCUAUUAAAUUACUGUGAAAAUUUGUUUGGAAACAUGGGAUAUAAAUACAAUAAAAAUA